GAUAAAACGGAGUCUUAAACGCACAGACGCUUUAGCCAAAGCCUCACUACUUUUGCUUUUGUAGCUUGCUUGGCACUCUGAUCCUCCGGGCUCAGCAAGCGCACAGCUCAGCCUACAGCUCGGUCUAAGGACUGCAGGCAGGCAGCUGGCCACUAGAGGAUCUCUAACUUUCUCUGCGGAACUGAGGGCUGAAGUCAAAGACCCAAAAUGGUGGCCUCGUCUUUCACUGUCCUGAGAGCGAGCAGGUUGUGCCAAUGGGGUUGGAAGAGCUGGGAGCGGCUGUCAGGACCUCCGCCGCUCAGCACCGGUGGCUGGACCACUUGGGCGCGGACAAAUGCGACCCUGAUCCUGGAGCCCGCGGGCCGCAGCUGCUGGGACGAGCCGCUGAGCAUCGCCGUGCGCGGCCUGGCCCCCGAGCAGCCCGUCACCCUGCGCUCUGCCCUGCGCGACGAGAAGAGCGCACUCUUCCGAGCCCACGCGCGCUACCGCGCUGACGCCCACGGCAAGCUGGACCUGGCGCGCGCGCCCGCGCUGGGCGGCAGCUUCACGGGGCUCGAGCCCAUGGGGCUGCUCUGGGCCAUGGAGCCCGAACGGCCUUUCUGGCGCCUGGUCAAGCGCGACGUGCAGACGCCCUCCGUGGUGGAGCUGGAGGUGCUGGACGGACACGAGCCCGACAGCGGACGGCUGCUGGCCCGGGCGGUGCACGAGCGUCACUUCAUGGCUGCCGGGGUGCGGCGCGUGCCUGUGCGCGAGGGCCGGGUGCGCGCCACGCUCUUCCUGCCCCCAGAACCUGGGCCCUUUCCUGGAAUCAUAGACCUUUUUGGAGUUGGAGGUGGCCUUCUGGAGUAUCGGGCGAGUCUGCUGGCUGGAAAGGGCUUUGCUGUCAUGGCUCUGGCUUAUUAUAACUACGAUGACCUCCCCAAGAGCAUGGAAACCAUGCGCAUAGAGUACUUUGAAGAAGCUGUGAACUACCUGCGCAGCCACCCCGAGGUAAAAGGACCAGGAAUUGGGCUGCUCGGGUUUUCCAAAGGGGGUGAACUUGGCCUUGCUAUGGCCUCCUUCCUGAAGGGCAUCACGGCUGCCGUGAUCAUCAAUGGCUCCAAAAGGAGUCCGUCUCGACUGGAGACAGGCAGCUGCGAGCGGCCAGCGAGCUCCAAUUGGUCAGAGACCGCUGCCAGGCGUCUGCUGCGGCCGGGCACACGCCCCAGUCGAGCAAAGAUGGUGGGCCGGAACAGCGCCUACAGCAUCUACUUCGACUGCAAAAGGCGGAAGGUACAGCUUGGUGAAGAGUUAUUAACACAAGGUGACUACGAGAAGGGUGUGGACCGCCUGACAAACGGCAUUGCUGUGUGUGGACAGCCGCAGCAGCUGCUGCAAGUCUUACAGCAGACUCUUCCACCACCAGUGUUCCAGAUGCUUCUGAUCAAGCCCCCAACCAUUAGUCAGAGAUUUGUAAGUGCUCAGAGCUUGGCUGAAGAUGUGGAAUGA